AAAUAUUAAUGGAGUUUGUAACAGCACUAGUUUUCAUAUUUAUAGCUUGUGGUUGUGGAAUAGCAUGGGCAAUAUUUAAUUGGAUUGCAGUUCAUAAAAUAGAGAUUCAUCAUAAACAUGAAGGAUUAACAGAAAAAUUAUAAGGAGCAGAAUAGGAGAAAAUCGAAACACUUUUAGAAAUAGGUGAACAUAUUUCUGAUGUAAAUAUCUAAAUUUAAUUAUGAGGGUGCUUAAGCCUUUUUGAGAGAAGAAUACACAGACUGCAGUGUUUUUAUAGCAAUAAUGGCUGUAGCUUUGAUUGUAAUUCUAUAAUGUAAUAUAAUUAGUUUGUAUCCCCAUGGUCAACUUUGGCAUUCGUUUUGGGAGCAGCAACAUCAAUGCUUUGUGGAUAUUUAGGUAUGGCAAUAGCAACAGCAGCAAAUUUUAGAACAGCAUUUUGUGCCAUAAGAUCUUUAGCAGAUGCCUUUUAGGUACAUAUAGAAUUAAAAUUAUUUAGAUGGCAUAUAGAGGUGGUUGUGUUAUGGGAUUCUUGUUAGUAUCGAUUUCAUUGUCAAUUUUAUCACUCAUCAUCAUCAUUUACAAUUCUGUUUUAGUUAAAGAAGGAGAUCUUGAUAGCUUGAUAUCAAUGUUUGAUUAUGUAGCUGCUUAUGGUUUAGGAGGAUCUACAUUUGCAUUAUUUGGUAGAGUUGGUGGAGGUAUUUAUACCAAAGCUGCUGAUGUUGGUGCUGAUUUGGUUGGUAAAGUAGAAAAGAAUUUACCAGAAGAUAGUCCAAAGGUAUUUUAAUAUAAAAUAUAUAUGAUAGAAUCCAGCCACAAUUGCUGAUAAUGUAGGAGAUAAUGUUGGAGAUAUUGCAGGUAUGGGAGCAGACUUAUUUGGAUCAUUUGCUGAAUCUACUUGUGCUGCAUUAGUUGUUUCAUCAACAUAAUUAAGAGUAAUAAGUGGUGAUGGACCUGUUUCAAUUUCAAUAGGAGAAUUAAUGUAUCCAUUGAUGGUAUCAGCUUUUGGUAUUGGUAUUUGUAUUUUGGUUUCUGGAUAUGCAGUAUUCAUUUAAAAAGUUACUGAUAUUCAUAAAAUUGAAUCAUCUCUUAAAUUAUAACUGUUAUUGUCAACUGUAGCAUUAUCACCAAUAAUUAUUGGAAUUUCAUAUUGGGCAUUACCAGCAGAUUAUAUGAUGAUUUAAGCAGAUGGAACACCAUUAUUAGAAAACCUAAAGCCAUGGCAUGCAUUUGUUUGUUCAUUGAUGGGAUGUAAUUAAUAAUAAUAUAUUUAUUUAGUAUGGUCUGGUUUAUUGAUUGGAUAUUUCACUGAAUACAUGACUUCCCAUUCUUAUACUCCAGUAAGAGAAGUUGCUAAAUCAUGUGGAACUGGAGCAGCUACUAAUAUUAUUUAUGGAUUAGCUUUAGGUUAUUUAUCUACGAUUGUUCCAAUUGUUGCAAUAGCUGUUACAGCUUUAUUAUCAAUGAAAUUAUUAUCAUUCUAUGGUGUUGCCUUAGCUGCUCUAGGAAUGUUAUCUAAUUUAACUAUUGGAUUAGCUAUUGAUGCUUAUGGACCUAUUUCAGAUAAUGCUGGUGGUAUUGCAGAAAUGAGUGAAUUGGGAGAAGAUGUUAGAACAUCUACUGAUGCAUUAGAUGCUGCUGGUAAUACUACAGCUGCCAUUGGAAAAGGAUUUGCUAUAGGAUCUGCAGCAUUAGUCUCCUUAUCACUUUAUGGCGGUUAUUUGACAAGAAUUUAAACAUAUAAAAAUGAUGAUGGUGAUUACCCUUAUGCAGUAGGCGCGAAAAUUGAUGAUCCAAUUAUCUUUGCAAUGUUGUUAAUUGGAGCUAUGUUACCAUAUGCUUUUUCUGCAUUCACUAUGAAAUCAGUAGGAAAGGCUGCUUUAUAAAUGGUUGAAGAAGUAAGAAGAUAAUUACAUGAACAUCCAGGAAUUUAUGCUGGAACUGAAGAACCAGAUUUUAGAGCUUGUAUUGCUAUCUCAACUAAAGCCUCAUUAAAAGAAAUGAUUCCACCAGGAUUAUUGGUAUAUAUCUAUCAAACUAAAAUUAGGUUAUUGUUACUCCUACUGCUGUUGGAUUAUUAUUUGGUCCUUAAGCAGUUGCUGGUCUAUUACCAGGUGCUUUAGUCAGUGGAGUUUAGAUGGCUAUCUCUGCAUCAAAUACAGGAGGAGCAUGGGAUAAUGCUAAAAAAUAUAUUGAAGCUGGAUUUUAUAAAAACGAAGCUGGAGAAGUUAAGAAGAAGGGAUCAGAUGAACAUAAAGCUGCUGUUAUUGGUAAUAUAUUAAACCUAAUAAUUAGGUGAUACUGUUGGUGAUCCCCUUAAAGAUACAUCAGGACCUUCUUUGAAUAUUCUAAUUAAACUCAUGGCUAUUCUAUCAUUAGUUCUUGCUGAAACAUUUUGCAAAACUGGAUGGUUAUAUUCUGAAUGAUUAUCAUCUUAUUUUGUAUUGUACAACAUUUAAUAUAUAAAUAAUUU